CAGCCAGAACGGAAAGUAAUACUCCAAGUAUGAUCUAACCAGAGUGUUUAGAGUGGCACCAUUAUCUUACAGCCCAUGAAUUCAAUCCCCCGACUAAUGAAGGCCAAUCCACAGUACAAUUUCACAAAUCACCCUAUCUGUUGUUUUGUAACCUCAAAACAUUAAACUAAUACAUAGGAAGACACGAGUCUCAAAAUGUGAGUCUAACUUUAAUUUAAGUGAGGCAUGCAUUUAUCAUGUGUUAGUGUGAUGAUAUUAUGCAAUUCAUUACAGGUUAUAUAUAUAUUUAACCUGUAACAAAUGAUUUAAACAAACGAGAAUGCUUAAUCAACCAAUAUAUAACCAAGAUUACUCAAAUAUUACUGAUAUAUUAAAUACAAAAUGCACCUCAAUUACAUACACAGCAUACUAUAUAAGUACAUAAAUAUGACAUCCACAGCAUAAUAAAGUUUAAAUUGUCCCAUUCAGGCCUGAAGAUUUAAUUACUGUGGAGGCUUUCUUGCUCUUGUGAGAUAACAUCUUUCCUGACAAGGUGAUUACUGUGCUUGGCAGGUGAGAUUUGUGGCUGUGAAACAAUCCCAGGUUCUGGGCCUCUUCUGUGGUAGCUGUAGGAAUUGACUUUGACACUGCAGGAAGGGUUCUCUCUGCUCUGGACCCUUCCUUCACUUUUUCAACUUCUUGUCUUUCUUUUCCUUUUCCUUCUUUCUAGGACGUGCAUCUUGAUUUUGGGAAGGUCCAUUUAGUUCACUGGAGUAUUCUCUUAUUAAUUCUUCUGUUGCUCCCUUUACGAUCUGAUCUCUCUUUUUGGUUUCCUCAUGCACAACAUCAUCCAACAAAUUGUCUGUUUUCUGAUCUCCACUGACUCCUUACUUUUUAGCCUUCCAUUCCUCCAGCUGGGCUCUGGUCUUUGCAUCUACUUUCACAAGCAGCUCUUGUCGCCCACUUAAAAGCUCAUGCAGUAACACAGGGUAGAUUCUGGUUCUUUUAACUUACAAAACCCAAAUGCUUGCAAUUAUCCUGAAGUUCCUUGAACUCUUUCAUCUUACAAACAAGUCACAUUGCACAAGUAACGGUCUGAUUAACAUAUCAAAAGCUUUCUCAGAUAUGUUGCGUACAAAAACUGUUGUAGUCAGACCACUGCGGGCAUCACUUUCACAAUUCCUCUUAGCAGCAUGGUCCUUCCUUGAUCCAAUAUGCUUUCCAACCAAAGGCAUGGAGUUUGGCACCCAUACUGUUCAUGGUGUUCAGCAUGGAGGCAGUUGUGGCAUCAUCCAAUACCUUUCUUAAUUUGCUUUCAGUUGGUUUCAUUGCAGGGUAAGUGGCAUGCGAAUUGUGGAUGGAUCUCCAAUUAAGUUGUAGUUGUCUCAGCCAAUCAAUGAAGGACACAUACAAAGUACUGGUUCUCCUGUUUUUUUACCACAUACAAGCUCAAUGGAGCUUUUUGGUCGUUCUAUUUGACUGUUAACUUUUCCCCAGUGUAAGUUCUUAGUUAGAUAUCUGCAGGCUUCAGUUUAGUAUCUUUGAAAUGCUGCUCAAACUCAUUUUGUGGAAUGACUGAAACAGUUGAACCAGCGUCCAAUUCCACUUUAAUUAAUUUGCCAUUCACUUCUGGUUUAAGCCACAUUGCUUGUCUAUUGCUAAUUUUCACAAUGCAAAUCUUAAGGCUAUACAGUCCUGUGUCACUCCCAUUAUUAUCAGCAUUUCAUCAACAACAUGCGGAUUAGUGCUCUUUUUGAAACUGCAACUUGACUCUUUAAGCUUUUCCUCUUCUCUGUGCUGUCCAUUUAUUUUUGUCUGCCUGACUUACUCUUUGUAUGUGUCCUAUUUUGUUGAAUUUUCUACAAAUUUUGCCUAUAAAUCUGGAUAGAACUGGUGUAUGUGAGCCCAUGUCACUAUGGUAACACAAUUUGUUCAGCCCUCCAUCUAGACAACUUUAUUCACACUCACUUUCCUUCCUGACUGUAACUCAGUUAGCUGUGUCUGUCUGUUAUUUCCAUUGAUCAGCAAUUUCAAUUGCUCUUUUAGAUGUAAGUUGUGCUCCAAUUGGAGCCAUUUUUGAAUGCUUUCUUGUAAGAUUCCACAAACUAAAUGAUCUCUCAUUGCAUCAAGCCCAUCAUUGAACUGACAAUACUCAAAGUAUUCAAUUCAACUACAUAUGCUGAAAUGGACCCCCCUUCCUUAUUCUGUUUCUGCAAUCAAUGACAGCUUUGGUUCUAAAUGUUCCUGUGUUAUUUUCAAAAUAACAGCAAAGCUCAUUUCUAAUGGUUUGGUUGGAACAAGUUAAACGUCAAAGCAAACUGUAUGCCUUUAAACCUAAUACACUCAGCACAAUUGGUACUCAUUUCUCAUUGGCUAUUUCACUUGUUUCAAGAUACUGUUCAAUUUGGUCAGUAUACAUGAACAAGUUAACAAUUGUGUAAUCAAACACAUCAAUCUUUCUGAUGUAGUCAGACAUUUCUGCUUUUUAAAAUUAUCACCCAGUAUUCACUCUUUAUGAAUCUAUGAAUUUUCUGACUUUAAAAAAAAACUUGAUUGUGUCUUCCCUUUUUAAAACUCAACUAUCUCUGCACCUGCUGUGCUGUUUUUUUUUUAAUUUGCCAUGCCUCACUGCACUUCAACAGGAUGGUAGCUAUCUAGAUUUGUUUCAAAAAUAACUCAUUGCCACUGUUACAUUCUGUAACUUCAAAACAUUAAACUCAUUCAAAGGAAGACACGGCAGUCUGAAAUGUGAGUCUAACUUCGUGAUUACUUUAAGCGAGUCACACAUUUAUCACAUGGUAGCAUGAUGAUGUUUGCAAUUCACAUAUUUAUAUAUAUAACCCAUAACAAAUUAUUUAAAUGAAUAAGAAUGCUUAAUCAACUACUAUAUAUAUACGAUUAUUCAAAUAUUACUGAAAUAUUAAAUACACAACAUGAUCAACUUGUGUAGUAAGUUUGAGGUAUCUAUGGACAUGGACCCCAAGAUUCCUCUGAUUCUCCACAUUGCCAAGAAUCCUCCCAUUGACCCUGCACUCUGCUUUCAAGUUCAACCUUUUUAACAUGUAUCAUUUCACACUUUUCUGGAUUGAACUCCAUGUGCCACUUAUCAACCCAGCUCUGCAUCCUAUCAAUGUCCCAAUGUAACCUAUGACAAUCUUCUACACUAUCCACAUCAUGUCAUUUAUCAACUUACUAACCUGUCCUUCCACUUCCUCACCUAAGUAAUUUAUAAAAAUCAGAAAGAGCAGGGAUCCUAGAAUGGACCACAGACACUGCCUCUGCAGAACACGCCUGGUCACCGACUACCUACUUCCACUUUCAGCCUCUUGUGGGCAAGCUAAUUCUGAAUCCAUGCAGCCAAGUUUCCCUAGAUCCCUUGCCUUAUAACUUUCUGUAGGAGCCUACAAUGUGGGUGGCAUGUUAACGGAGCAGUUAGUGCAAUUGCUUUACAGUGCCACAAUCACCAAAUUGGGGUGUGAUUCCUGCCACUCAGUAACUUUGUACAUUCUCCCCAUGACUACUUGGGUUUCCUCUGGGUGCUCCCACUUCCUUCCACAUUCUAAAGAUGAACGGUUAGGGUUAGAGUUAAUAGGUUAUGCAUGCUAUGUUGGUGCUAGAAGUGUGAUGUCAUCUGCAAGUCCUUGCUAAUUUUAUUUGCUGCAAUGACACAUUUCACUAUAUGUUUUGAUGUAAUGUGACAAAUAAAGCUAAUCUUUAAAUGAGGAAACCUGUUAAGUGUCUUACUAAAAUCCAUAUACACAACAUCUACUGCUCUAUUUGCUUUGUUACUUCCUCGAAGAAUUCAAUCAGGCUUAUGUAGCAUGACCUAUCCCUCACAAAGCCAUUCUGAUUAACUCUAAUCAGCCUUGCUCCAAAUGCUCCUAAAUCCUGUAUCUAAGAAUCCUCUCCAAUAGUUUGUCAACCAAGAAUCCUGCAAAGGAUUUGUGAUGAUUUUCUAAGCAGCCGCACAGAACUUGGAAUCUCACCUGCCUAGAGUUCAGAUAAAUUGGACUUGAUUCUCAAGGUUGUGAACUGAAAUCCCCCUACAGACAUGAGAACAGGAUUGACAUAUCUACGGAGGGAUGCACUGACGAAGCUUUGGGUCUCAAUGCAGAUGUCUAGCUGGAGCAGAUUUCCAUUUCAUAUGAUGAAGAUACUGCUCUCCUCAGUUGGAUUUUUUUUACCCACACCCCCUCUGUUUCCCAAACACCCAUGCUCACCCCAUCUUCCCGCUGCCUAAACAGUGAUAGCUCCUUUUGUUCUAACUCACCACCCCAUGAGCCUCUGCAUCCAACACAUCCUCCAGAACUUCCACCAUCUCCAAAGGAAUCCUAUCACAAAAUAUAUCUUUACCUCCCACCUCCACUUCCAUAGGGAUCACUCCCUCCGUAAUUCAUGCACCCAUUCAUCACUCCCAGCACUUAAGUGAAACACCUCCCCAUUCAUCUCCUCCCUCACCUCCAAUCAGGUCCCAAAACAGUCCUUCUAGGUAAGGCAACACUUUGCAUGCAAAGCCUGCUGAGGUCGUCUAUUGAGUCUGGUGCUCCCCAUGUGGCCUCCUCUACAUUGGUGAGACUGUUUGUCGAGCACAACCACACCAUCUGGUAAAACAGAACUUCCCAGUGGGCUAAACAUUUUAAUUCCCAUUUCCAUUCCAACAUGUUGGUCCAUGGCCUCCUCUUGUGCCAAGGUGAGGCCAUAGUCAGUGUGGCGGAGCAACAUCUUAUAUGUUGUCUGGGUAGACUCCAACCUGUUGGCAUGAAUAUCAAUUUUUCCUGGUAUUUUUUUCUUCCUCUUGCCUCUUCUAUUCCUCACCCUGGCCUCUUACCUCUUCUCACCCCCUUGGUCCCUCCUUCAUCCCUUUUUCCUACGGGCCACUCUCCUUUCCAUUUAGAUUCUUUCUUCUCCAGCCCUUCACCUAUCAUCUUCUGGCCAUUUUCCCACCCUCCUCUUCAGUCUUGAAGAAGGAUCUCAGCCCAAAGCGUCGACUGUUUAUUCAUUUCCAAAGACGCUGCUUGACCUACUGAGUUCCUCCAACAUUUUGAGUGUUGCUUUGGAUUUCCAGCAUCAGCAGACUUUCUCUUGUGUACAUUUUUGUCUUUGCUAUCUGUGGGAUCUUUCUCUGUAUUUAUGGAUGGUUUCAUAUUCAAAGUUUCUGGUUUUAAUAAAGCGUGAGGAGACUUGCUGAGGUACUAGGGGAGCGACAUGAGGGAACCUGGUUAUUGAAUUUGGCGCUGGCGGCCCGCCCUCAGCGCGGGCGCCCAAUGACCGGAAGUGUCGCCUAGUCGAGAGCGCGGAUCGGCGGCCUGGCCGCCUCGCCCCCUUCACUGUUCUCUCACCGUGUGUGCGUGUGUCUGUGGAGGGACGCGGCGGGCCCAAACUGAGCGACGCCCGUGACAACGUACCCGUGCUAAUGAGGGCCAUUUACCUGUCGUCACCGUACGAGGCGGGCGCCCGCGGCAGUGACCGUUAUUUGGCGGCCCCGCGCGUGCCCGCUGCCUGGUAACGGAACGGGCCCGCGGGCGGGCGCCUCAGGAUGAAUGGCUUUUCGCUCGGCGAGCUGUGCUGGCUUUUCUGCUGCCCGCCUUGCCCGAGUCGGAUCGCGGCCAAGCUCGCCUUCCUGCCGCCCGAGCCCACCUACACGGUGCUGGUGGACGAGGCGAGCAGCACCUUGCACCUGUCGGAACGGGCCGACUGGCAGUACUCGCAGCGGGAGCUCGACUCCCUCGAGGUCUUCUUCACCCGCACCAGCCGCGGCACCCGCAUCGGAUGCAUGUUCGUCCGCUGCGCCCCCAACUCCCGCUACACGCUGCUCUUCUCACACGGCAACGCCGUGGACCUGGGUCAGAUGUGCAGCUUCUACAUCGGCCUCGGCUCCCGCAUCAACUGCAAUAUCUUCUCCUACGACUAUUCGGGUUACGGAGCCAGCAACGGGAAACCGUCCGAGAAAAACCUUUACGCUGACAUUGACGCAGCGUGGACGGCGUUGAGGACAAGGUAUGGUGUUAGUCCAGAGAAUAUCAUUCUAUAUGGUCAGAGCAUUGGCACCGUUCCUACAGUAGAUCUUGCUUCCCGUUAUGAAUGUGCAGCUGUUAUCCUCCAUUCACCUCUUAUGUCUGGCUUACGUGUGGCAUUCCCUGAUACAAGGAAAACCUACUGCUUUGAUGCAUUUCCAAGCAUUGACAAGAUAACCAAGGUAGCAUCUCCUGUAUUGGUAAUUCAUGGGACUGAGGAUGAAGUGAUUGAUUUUUCCCAUGGUCUUGCAAUGUACGAGCAGUGUCCAAGAGCAGUGGAACCCCUCUGGGUUGAGGGAGCCGGGCAUAAUGACAUUGAGCUUUAUGCACAAUACCUUGAAAGAUUGAAACAGUUUAUUAGUCAUGAACUGCCUAUUUCUUAAAGACUCUGUGGAUGUUUCCUAGGCAAAUGUGAAUUGACGAACAGCUCUAAUUUGCACAUGGUCUAACUGGAUAACUAGCUUUUGACAACAAAACAAGCUAUCAUCUUUUAGGCUGAUUUCAUUUGAGAAACAGCACAAAAUCUGUCUUUUUUUAUACUAGGAAAAAUCCAUGCAAUUUAUGUACGUUGCACAUGAAACAAUAUUUACCUACUGUAAUUUUGAAAUAGUUUUUGAUUGUUAUUAAAAUUAUUGUUUAAUCAUCUGGCUUUUCAGCAUUCUGGCAACAAUUCUGUGUGUCUUGAAUUUUUUAGGAGUAGAAAUCUCUCUUUGGUCAUUCGCAUACUGGUUGUACUUCCCUCCUACACAUUCAGUUCCAUUUAUGUUAAACAAAUGAAGUUUGUGGAGAUGAGUACAACCUGCUGCCAGUACUGAGUUUAGCAGUAAUGACCAAAGACUGCUCUAACUUUUAAAUUUUUUAACUUGUUUAUAAACUGGAAAUUUCUUGUAUAAUACAAUGUAACACAGCUAAGUAGAUAAAAUAGCCCUUCAUUGAAAGAUGAUCAAACCAAUGUGCUGAAGUGAUUUGAAUGCUCGUUACCUUCUAGAUAUUUUAGCAUUGCCUCAAAGUACUGUAUUUGUAAAACUCAAGUGAAAUUGGAAAGAGUUUCCAAUUCUUUGCUAAUGUUCUUUUGAGUGGUCUUAAUGUUCCAACAUCUGUGGAGAUUCUUUCCAUAUUAAAAUUGUUAAACAAUACCUCAUACUUCCCUAAUGGUGCAUAUGGCUGAAUACUUUAUUCACAGAUGUGUAAAUUUAUGAACUAAUCAACAGUUCUUGUGUACUAUUUUCUGGGAAGGAGUUCCUGAAAUGUAUUGUCAUCUUAAAUUGUAUUGCUCUUGUGUGAUAUCUUUCAAGGUGACGGGAGCUCUUCUAUGGAUGUGAUAACUAUCAAAUAGCUUUUAUCCUGUGAAAUGUUUGAUUUGGUGAUGUAAAUGCUUUUGUAUCCUGAAUUACUUGUAUAUUCAACUUCAAAAAAAUUUCUGUCAUUUCAUAAAUUUACAUAUCAGUAAUUAAUAUAGGAAGAGAUGUAAUUUGUUAAUUUUAGUUGGAAAGACCAGAAAAUUAAGAUUUAAUUUUGACUUUGGAAUUGUAUUGAAAUAUCCAAAAAUAAUGCGACACAUUACUACAAAAAACUGAACAAAGCCUUAAAUGUAAUGAGGAUCUCUGUAUAUUUGACUUCAAUAUUCAUUGUUGUAAGUUGUACAUAAGCAACAAAUAGUUGCAAUGGAAUAAAAGAUGCAUGGAAUGUAAAAUGAGAUUUUUAAAAUUAGAACAUUGUGUACAGUAAAACACAUCAAGAAUUCAAUUUUGGCAUAUUUUUGGUGUGAUCAGUUUUAAAAAAAAUGAAAUCUCAAUUAAACGUAAGGAAUACUGUGCGCAAUAAACCCACUGACUGCUUGUUCAGUUCUUUCAAUUAUUUUAUGGGGGGUGAAAAUAAAAGCUACGUUUUG